GGCUUGUUGCCAGGCAACUGCGGACACCAAACCGAUAGAAAGAUUUAUGACCAAAGCGAAAUCGCAGCUCGCUUGCGAUCCUCGCUCCGCGAGGAUUUAACCUACUAUUUCCCUACUUCAUCGUAUGUAGCAGCUAGAGAUCACUCAUCCAUUUGCAAUGGCAGAUCGAGGCAGCUAAAGAAUGCCUAAAGAUAUAUUUGUCCCCCUUUCCCAUGUGAUUGCUUAACCUCGGUCUGUAUAUCUACCAGUGUGUGAAAGCCAGUAACCAAUCCUCAAUUACUCGUAUGUAGACAAUUAUCGCCACAGUGGGGCAGGUGCUGGGGAUCUUUGGGGACGUGAAAAUAACCCACUUUGAAUCUGUUUAUGUACAGCAGAUUAAACUUAAAAAAUCAGGUAAACUACAAGAAAUAUUAAAAUUUCAAAUAAUUUUCUAGCUUUUUAAAAGUUUAAUUAAUUUUUAUUAUAAUAAUUAUGAUAACAAUUAUUUUUUUUCUAUAUCAGAAUGUCAGAAUUACGGAAGCCUUAACAGUUAUACCAGAAAGAUUACGUACACUGGUGGCGGUUAUUGUGACAAUGGAAUCGGACCUGGUUGGUUUCGUUUCGAGGGGUCCGCCGGUACAAGAAUGGCAACUACAUGUCCACCUAUACUCAGAUGUGGCACUUAUGCAACCGGCUGGUUGAAUGGUGGACACCCUGCAGUAGCAGAUGGUCAGGUCAGCAGGCAGGUGUGCUUUCACUGGAGUAAUAACUGCUGUCGCGGGUCAACAAACAUCAAAGUGAGAAAUUGUGGUUCACAUUAUGUGUACUAUCUUAGUGGUACACCUACUUGUAAUGUCCGUUAUUGUGGUACUAACUGA